AUGCCUCCUCGCAAAUCUACGUCCUCAGUGACUCCCGCUGAUCCCGAUGACUCCAUGCUCCAGCAGUCCCCUUCAGUGCCGCACACCGACAAGCCCGUCUUUGCGACGGAGCAGCAGCUGAAGGCUCGGGCUGAGGCGGGCGCAAGUGUCGAGGACUAUCUCCUACCACGCUCAUUGACGAUUCGUCUCGCGAAGUCGGUUCUCCCGCCGAAUACGACAAUCCAGAAGGACGCUGUGUUGGCUAUGCAAAAGGCUGCUACGGUGUUUGUUUCCUACCUGUCUUCACAUGCUAACGAUGCAACCCUCAAACGAACAAUCGCCCCAGCAGACGUCUUCAACGCCCUCUCCGAGCUAGAGCUCGACUCUUUCCGCGGCAGACUCGAACAGGAACUCGAGGCAUAUACGGAAAUCAAAGCUGGGAAGCGCAAGCCGAAGAAGGUUGGUGCGAGUAGCUCGACACAAGAUGCGUCAGGCGAGGGCGCGACUCAGGGCGAUGGUGAUGCUGAGAUGCUUGAUAAUCCCGCGAAGAGGGUGAAGCGGGAUGGAGAAGUGGAGGUUGUUGUUGGUGCGUCUGCUGGUGAUGAUGGGGAUGAGACUCAAGAGGAAGACGUCGAAGAGGAAGAGGAAGAAGAGGAUGAGAGUGAGGAUGAUGAAGAGGAGAAUCAUGCGCCCCGUGAGAAUGACCUGGAGCAUGUGGAAGAUUUGGACCGUGAGCCUGGUGCGAGGAGGGGGCCUUUUGAUCCUGAUGCCGAGGAGACGGAUGAAGAUGAGGACGGGCCUGGUAGUCAGUUGCGGGAUAAUCUUGGGUUGGGCUAA